AUGAACGAUAAUAGUCUGAAUCGACAAUCGACUUAUUCAAAUAACCUACAUCCUACAUAUACCAAAGAAAAAUCUACUAAUAACGAUUCUCAGGCUAAUAUAAGUACUACUACUUCUAAUAAUAAUAAUAAUAACAAUAAUAAUAGUAAUAUUAAAAAUUCUCCAUUACCAUCGAAUUCAAUAUAUAACGGACAUUUCUUAUAUCCAUCGAAUCCAAAUUCAAGUCCCUUAAUACAUACCUUUAAUUCUGAGUGGGUAGAUUCUCCAGACAACUCGCCAUCUCGCACCAAAUUCAAUAAUCAGGAUAUGUCUACAACCAUAUUGGCAGAUACUGCAACUAUAGCUUCCUCACAGAAUGAAAACUCUUCCCAUAAGUCUAAAUUUGAAACACCAUCAAAACCUAAGGCAUCAAUUUCUUUUAUAACACCGGUCACUGAUUCCAAGACAUAUGAUACUAUAAUUCUCAAUGACAAGCAACUCAAGCCUUCAUCACCUGAGCCUGACUUACAGCAUAACGUCAAAUCAAUGGAUAUAUUAUGGGCAAUGUUAAACAACAUUACCGGUAAGGAUAAAUUGGCUAAGUUUGGCCAGUUUACUUUGAGGCUUUUACUCCACCAUGCCAAACAAACUCAAGAUUACCUCAGUGACGGGUAUAUCAAUAUAAAUAUUAUAAAUACAAGAUACAAUAAUAAAGAAAAGAAGUUAAAUUUGCUUCGGAACUUUAUACACCACCCUCAGGACUUUAUUAAAAUAAUAGUCAUAUUGGCAUGUUCGAUAUUCAGAUCCAGGUUGAGCGGUACUGCUGGCGGUUUAUCAUUGUUCAGACAAUUUCUUAGGUUUGGCCAGUCUCCAUUCAGACUCCGUCGUUUAAAAAAUAAGCUAGGAGCAAGAACAUUAAGUGCUUCGAAAUCGGGUGAUUACACAAUAGAUGUGUCGAGCCUCGGUAAGUAUUGUACAAAGGAUGUUUUGGGUGAUAUAUUAUCGUUAUACUAUAGUGUAUUUGAUGAAGCUGGGUUAUUAUUUAAAAUGAACUUCUUCAGAAAUAAAGAUCUUCGUAAGAUUAUUUCAAGACAUGAGUCUUUAGCAUGGUACUAUGAAACUUUGCUUGGUAUCUAUAAUGCUUAUGCUAGAUUGCAAAAAUUCAGCCAACAAGAAAUGGACUUGAAAAUUCAAAUACAAGUGAAAAGUAAAGCUCGACAAUUAUCAAAACAAUUGUUGGGCGCUGGUUCAAUUGAAGGGCUUUCUCACGAAGAUGACACGAAAGACACUCAGCUUUUAAAGGAAAUUCAAUUCAAAAAGUACAACUCUUACAUUGAUAUUUACAAAUGGUUAUCUGAUCUUGUUUUUAACACUUACACUGUGUUUAAGUUGGCAUUACCAUUUGAUACCCUACAAAUAUGGAUGGGAAUAAGUGCUUCUUCUUUAAGUAUACUUAAAUUAUAUCGAGAAACAAGAAAACGUUUGAUAGCUGAGUCUUUGCGGAAAUAA